AACACAGAACGGACAGACGGCAGAAGACAGAAGGAGUCACGAGAGGAAACCUCGAUCUCUUCUGCAGGAUUUCAGCUGAACCCGAGACCAGCUGACUGAGCUAAGUUCUAGAUGCCGACCGACAGCGACAGAGACAUGGCCAUACCUCGGAUGUUUAACUCCAGCACACCCUUCGUCAUCGUGGCCGACGGAUCUGAGAUCUCGUUUCUCACCAAAGUGGACGACGAUCAGGGAUGCGAGGAGGAGAAAGACUCGCUGGUCCAAGCCAUCGGCCCCCACCUGAGUCGAGUGAUGCAGCGCGGCACAGCCAAGCAUGUUGUCACACAGGGGCGUGAAGUUUCCGAGGAGAAUCCGUGUGUUUCUAUAGUCGCGCAGGCUGAGCGAGAAGACUUCCAGGAGUUCAGCCCGACCAACACUCAGUGCCCCUACUCUCAGUCUCGCCUCCUCCAAAAGCACAGGACUCUCGGUAAGGAAGCCGCCUUUGUGAGCGACUCAGAUGAUGAGAACUUUGAAACAGCCACCAAAUUCCCGCGCUACCACCUCCAGAGAAAACAGCGCCGGAAAACCAGAACCACACAGAGCCUGGAGGAAGGGGAGGAGCCUCCUAUCAUCCAGGGUCUGUGGGUGCAGGAGAUUGAUUGGCUGAAAUCAGCAGACAGAGAGACGACUUCAUCGGCUGAAAUCAUACCUCCUCCUCCUCAGUUUACUGACUCGGCCUCAGACCCCUGCAGAGACUCGUGCAUGUGUGACAGCUGCAGCUGCGCAGACGUUUGCGACUGCGCGAGGAGAUCAGAGGAGGCGUCGCCGUCAGAGGACCAACGCAGAUCCGUAGAUACAGAAGACACAUCCAGCACCGACCACAGAGGAGGCUCGGGCUCGGAUACCGACUCUGUUCGCACUCAUGAAAGCGACUCAGACUCGUCUUAUGACGUCGAUGUCGGCACACAAGGCAUCAUGUCGACCUUUGACCUCAUGUAUGUGUCUGGAUUUACCCCUUCCUCCAAUGCAGAAUGGAAUUCUGACUCUAGAGGAAGUGUGCAAAACCCACUGGGAAAUUCAGAGUAUUCCCACAGCCUCAGCACUGAGAAUACAUCCCAGUGUUCCUUUGGGUUUGAUGAAAUGAGUGACGCAGUUUUAGAUGAGCUGAGGGGCAAAGUGGCGCACAUACCAAAGCUGCUUGUUUCAGCUUUCUGCAGAGAUUUCAUCAAACGGAUCCUAAACAGCUGGAAAACAUCGAAACCUGCAAACGAAGGACUCAUAUUUCAUGACCAUCUCCAGCCCAGCAGUUGUCAGUACAGAGAGGGAGAGGAAUACUUUGUCCUUCAUCACAUCCAGAAUGGAUCAUAUGGUGACGUGUUCUGCGUUCGUGACAGAAGCACCGGCUUCAAAUGUGCUGCCAAGAGGAUUCCACUGAGUCAUUUCAGCAGCGAGGAGGUGAGCACAUGGAGUGCUCUGAACUCUCCUCGAGUCGUGGAGCUCUUUGGAGCUGUGAGGGAGGGGCUUAACGUCGUUCUCCUCAUGGACCUGAAGCCAGCUUGUUUAGCCCAGCUUCUAAAGGAGAUGAACUGCCUACCUGAAGAUCUGGCCCUGCAUUACCUUCAUCAAACACUGGGGGCGCUAGAACACCUACACCAGAGAAGGGUGGUUCAUUUGGAUGUCAAAGUUGACAAUGUGCUGCUGUCUGCAGACUGCAGAGACACAUUCCUCUGUGACUUUGGUCUCUCAGAGACUUUAGAUGACAGUGGCUGGAGCACCAAGAAUUUCAGGGGAGCUGCAUUCCCCGGCACAGAGACCCACAUGGCCCCUGAGGUGGCACGAGGGGAUCAACUCUGCGCCAAGGCGGAUGUGUGGAGCAGCUGUUGUAUGCUACUGCACAUGCUCAAUGGAUGCCAGCCAUGGAUACGUUACUAUUCCCAUCCGCUGUGUCUCCAGAUUGUCAAUGAGCCUCCGCCUCUGUGGGAGGUGCCAUCCAAGUGUAACAACUUCACAGCUAAAGUGUUCAGGGCUGGACUCCAGAAGGACCCCGAAAGGAGAGCGUCAGCGACUGAGCUCAGGAAGAAAACCACCAAGGCCCUCAGAGCAGUUGGAGGUCUGAGUUCUUGCUCCAUGAAAAGCGCCUGUGAAAAACGGUAUCAUGUCCAGAACCAGAAUGAAGACGCUCGCUGCUCUUUGUCCCAUCAGAUUCAGAAUAAACCAUCACAUACUGGCUCAGCACCUGCUAUGUACUGGGUGAGCCCCUGGAGAACUGCAGCAGUAGACGAGGACAGCAACGACUGGUCAGAAGGAAACUCAGACAAAGAAUCUGAGUUGGAGACAUUCUGCUUAACUGGGGAGUGGGACUCUGAGCCAAAACCACUGCAGGAUGAUUACAUCACUAAUGACAAAGACUGGAAGACUGGGUCUGAUUCAGAGGUAGAUAUAUACAUGGCGGAGGACGAAUAUAUUCAGGAGAAGUGGCUGAAAACUGAGAAGGACUAUGAGGGGGAUUGGGAAGAGGAAGGAGAUGAAGAGGAGGAGGAAGAGUGGGAUUCUACCGAGUCCACGGAGUAUCUUCGUGCUCUCCGAGGCCUUUUCCCUUUACUGCAAAAAAGUCACCAGAUAGAAGAGAAUUCAUGGGGAUCAGAAGCAGAGCUGGAAUACCUCAGAGAUGAUGUGACUAAAGGUACCAGAAUCAAGACCCCGUCCCCUGAACCUCGAGAUGAACCACCAUCCUGCUUCAGCUGCUCUGACACGUCGCAGAUAGAUGCCUCAGAGAAGGACUCUGAUCACUCGUCGGAUGACCUCAGCUCUGGCAUCUUUUCCUCCUGCAACAGUCAGACUGACGCGUGCUUGGAGUGGUUAGCUUUAGCCAAUCGGCCGUCCUCACAGUGCUUUGAGGGUAUUGAUGUCUGGAUAGAGGACCCCGAGGGCAAGUGUUUGAGGAUACGCGAACGUAGGCGGAUCAAAGUGGGCCAUGUUGCCAUAGGCAUUAGUGAUCAGAUCUCAGGGAAAGCCUUCACUUUGGAGACUCUGGACAGGAAGACGGUGUCCUUUGAACGAGAGAUCAGAGAGUCGGGUCUGUGGCUUCGCUGUGUUCCUGCUCCUGACAGAUGCCAGCACUGGAGGUGGAGAGUCCGAGACGGCAAGCUCGAACUGCGAGAAUGAGACGGAUAUUUUCUCUUCUCUGUUGUUGUUUUGGUCUUUUGCACUAAUUUAAUUUGUUUUUUCCAUUGGGAAAAGCUUUUAAGCACUUUAAAACUUUUCUCAGUGCAUUUACACAUAGCUCAAUAUAUAUAAUCCAUUUUGACAGAAAAAUGGGCAAAAAAGCUUAAACACAGGAAAAACAAAAAUACCAACCAAGCACUUUAUUAGGAACACCACACUGGGUUCAGGUAGGCCCUCUCUUUGCUACCCAACAGCCUCAGUUUACUUCCUGUGUUGACAGAGUUGUUCUUCUGGAUUCAGACUUGCUGGUUAGGACGACGACGUAGGUCGUCUGAAUUCAGUCUCAUAUUUAUAAAACCACAUUUAAGAUGAAGGAACCAUUAGAAGAAGACUCCUUCCAGUGUGACUGGUGGUUGUUGGUAAUAUGCUGGCAGAAAGAGACCAAGAAAACAUUCCCCAUGUUAUCCCACUGACACCAGCAGCCUGGGCAGGUUGGCUCAUGCUGAUUUUGACCUACCAUUUACAUGGCGAUAGAUUCUCGCUGCAUUUCUGCUAUCUGAGCUGUAUGUGAUAAUCUCACCAUCCUGUGUUUAGAUUAGAUUACAUGUUUUUAAAUCCAGUGAAUCACAUUAUUAACAGGAGCCGUCUGAGACUCCAUAUUCCUGCAGAUCCACCAAGGCUGAAAAUUCCCUCCAUGCCACACAUGAACUGAGUAUGAACAGGAUCCGUUUUUUGUUUUGUUUUGAGGAAUCCCAACACAAUUUCUCUUUUUUUUUCUUUUAGUGUGAUAUUUUUAUGUAUUUUUGUAGCUGUAACACAAAAUAUCCAAUCCUUCAAACAAUGGUCCAGAUCCAGACCUGAAAUGACGACCACUUUGAGUCCCACAGCUGGUAAAGAUGCACAAACAAACCGAAUCAAUUGCAAAAAUAAACUGUAAUUUGUACCUAAUAACUAGAUACAUGUCUGUUACCUUACCGAACCCCGGUACUUAGCUUAUACUGCUGUGUUAAACCAAUGUCAUAACCUACACCCAGCCUGAGCCGCUCCCUGCCAGAAAUCCAACAACACAUUGUAGGAAUCCAGACCUCAGCCCCUGUGUUAGGUCUGUAGCGUGCACACAAUAUAUUGAUGAGCACAGGAGUAAAAUUUCUGCAAAAUAAAAUGUAAAAGGGAUUUAUUGUACCUAGCUUGCUCAACAUGCAAAUGCAACAGCUAACAUGUGGAGAUAUGUUGUUUUCCUCGUUUUAAUAACUGUUCGUUUUGUCAUGCUCACCUCUUUCCUUUAUUUCAGCAAAGUGUUGUUCACAUCUAAACGUUGAGCUCUGACAGGAUCACCUCUGUUUCCACUGGUGUUAGCAGAGCAAACAUUAUGGUCCCAUUAUGGUCAACCAUUCAGCACAGCACUGUAAAUGAAGCUUCAGUUUCUGCAGCACUGGUGCCACGUGAUUGGCUAACUAACUACUAUCACAAGCAGGUGUUCCUAAUAAAGUGCUACUUGAGUGUACAAAUAAAAAAAAAUCUUAAAAUGCUGAUUUUCAGGUUAAACUGUUUCUAUGUGUUUUAAGUAAGGAUACAAGUAGUUUACACUCCAAGGUUGUAAACGUGCUUGAAUAAGAAAUGGUGUUGGUAGGGCUGUAAUAGGUUGUGACAUCUGUAUUUUUUUAUUUUGUGUGUUAAGAUUGUUUCCCUCUUUCCGUUCUCCUGCUUUUUUUUCCUUUUAUGGAUCAUAGGAACAAAAAAAAAAUCCGUUCUCUGUAUCUCUGUUUACUUUCUGAUGUGGAAGAAAGAGUUUGUCAUGUCAUCUGUUUCAUUUAGAGUUUAAAUGGCAUGAAGCUCAUUAAAAUGAUGUGUGUUUUCCACAAUAUACAACAAGGCUGGAAUCUCUUGGUACUUGAAUGUGACUUACAUUUUAUAUUCUAAUAAAAAAUGAC